AUGGGGAGACGGCGGGGUCGCUGCCUGCAGCCGUAUUUCCUCUGGCUGGGCUGUGUGGCGCUCUGGGCUCAGGGAGUAGCUGGGCAGCCAAAGCAGAAGCAGCAGCAGGUCCGUCCCGCAGAAGGCAGCAGCAACCCUGCCUUGGAGAACGUGGAAGGAGGCACAGCGCCCGCCGCCGCCGCCGCUAACCGAGUCCGCAGGAGAGGCCAACAGGACGUGCUGAGGGGGCCAAAUGUGUGUGGCUCCAGAUUCCACUCCUACUGUUGCCCUGGAUGGAAAACACUCCCUGGGGGAAAUCAAUGUAUUGUUCCAAUUUGUAGAAAUAGUUGUGGUGAUGGAUUUUGUUCCCGCCCUAACAUGUGCACUUGCUCCAGUGGACAGAUAUUGCCAACUUGUGGAACAAAAUCAAUACAACAGUGCAGUAUCAGGUGCAUGAAUGGUGGUACCUGUUUAGAUGACCAGUGCCAGUGUCAGAAGGGAUAUAUUGGUCCGUACUGUGGACAACCAAUCUGUGAAAAUGGGUGCCAGAAUGGUGGUCGUUGCAUUGGGCCCAACCGAUGUGCAUGUGUUUAUGGAUUUACAGGGCCACAGUGUGAAAGAGAUUAUAGAACAGGCCCUUGUUUCACUCAGGUCAACAACCAGAUGUGUCAAGGCCAGCUGACUGGUAUUGUAUGCACGAAGACCCUUUGUUGUGCAACCAUUGGACGUGCAUGGGGCCAUCCAUGUGAGAUGUGCCCUGCUCAACCUCAACCAUGUCGCCGAGGUUUCAUCCCCAACAUCCGUACUGGUGCAUGUCAAGAUGUUGAUGAAUGUCAAGCUAUCCCUGGAAUCUGCCAGGGGGGAAACUGUAUCAAUACAGUUGGUUCAUAUGAGUGCAAGUGCCCUGCUGGCCACAAACAGAAUGAAGUAACACAGAAAUGUGAAGAUAUUAACGAGUGCAGCAUUAUUCCAGGAAUUUGUGAUGCUGGCGAAUGCUCUAACACUGUUGGAAGUUAUUUUUGCCUCUGUCCACGUGGCUUUGUGACAUCUACAGAUGGCUCACACUGCAUUGAUCAAAGAGCAGGAACAUGUUUCUCUAGCUUGGUGAAUGGCCGCUGUGCACAAGAACUUCCUGGGAGGUUUACCAAAAUGCAGUGUUGCUGUGAAUCUGGGCGAUGCUGGGCACUUGGCUCCAUUCCAGAGAUGUGUCCUGUCAGAGGCUCUGAUGAAAAUCGCAGGCUUUGCAUAGAUGGCAUUCCAGUGGUGGGUGGUUCCAGGCCUGGUGGCACAGGAGCCAACGUUUUUCUUCCUGGUGGAAAUGGAAAUGGAUAUGGCCCAGGUGGAACAGGAUUCAUCCCUGUUCCUGGAGGAAAUGGCUUUUCUCCAGGUGUGGGUGGGACUGGUGUAGGGACUGGCGGUCAGGGUCCCACAGGAAAUGGCCCCAUCAUUACAGGACUAACAAUACUUAAUCAGACAAUAGAUAUCUGUAAGCAUCAUCCAAAUCUUUGUUUAAAUGGCCGCUGCAUACCAACUAUUUCCAGUUACCGUUGUGAAUGCAAUAUGGGUUAUAAGCAAGAUGCAAAUGGAGAUUGUAUUGAUGUUGAUGAGUGCAUAUCAAAUCCAUGCUCUAAUGGAGACUGUGUGAACACACCUGGAUCCUAUUAUUGCAAAUGCCAUACAGGUUUCCAAAGGACUCCUACAAAGCAGGCUUGCAUUGAUGUUGAUGAGUGUAUUCAGAAUGGUGUCCUUUGUAAAAAUGGUCGUUGCGUGAACACUGACGGAAGCUUCCAGUGCAUUUGCAAUGCUGGGUUUGAACUAACCACUGAUGGGAAAAACUGUGUUGAUCAUGAUGAAUGUACUACUACCAACAUGUGCUUGAAUGGGAUGUGUAUAAAUGAGGAUGGCAGUUUCAAAUGCAUUUGCAAACCUGGAUUUGUCUUGGCUUCUAAUGGGCGUUAUUGUACAGAUAUUGAUGAAUGCCAAACACCAGGAAUUUGCAUGAAUGGCCAUUGCAUUAAUACUGAGGGGUCAUUUCGUUGUGAAUGUCCACCCGGUUUAGCUGUUGGCGUUGAUGGUCGUGUAUGUGUAGAUACGCAUAUGCGCAGCACGUGCUAUGGUGGGAUCAAAAAGGGGAUAUGUGUCCGCCCUUUUCCUGGAGCUGUGACAAAAUCUGAAUGUUGCUGUGCCAAUCUAGACUAUGGCUUUGGAGAACCUUGUCAUCCAUGCCCUGCCAAGAAUUCAGCUGAAUUCCAUGGUCUGUGUAGCAGUGGAGUAGGAAUUACUGUUGAUGGAAGAGAUAUUAAUGAGUGUGCUUUAGAUCCUGAUAUUUGCUCCAAUGGGAUUUGUGAAAACCUUCGUGGCAGCUAUCGUUGUAAUUGUAACAGUGGGUAUGAAUCAGAUGUUUCAGGAAGAAAUUGCAUUGACAUUGAUGAAUGUUUAGUGAACAGAUUACUUUGUGACAAUGGUCUGUGUCGAAAUACACCUGGAAGCUAUAGCUGUACAUGUCCAAAGGGUUAUAUAUUUAGCAGUGAGACAGACACGUGUGAAGAUAUAAAUGAAUGUGAAAGCAGCCCUUGUGUCAAUAGUGCCUGCAGGAACAAUCUUGGUUCUUUCAUCUGUGAAUGUUCAUCUGGCAGCAAACUAGACUCCACAGGCUUGAUCUGUAUUGAUAGUUUGAAGGGAACAUGUUGGCUGAAUAUCCAAGACAAUCGUUGUGAAGUUAACAUCAAUGGUGCCACUCUGAAAUCUGAAUGCUGUGCUACUUUGGGAGCUGCUUGGGGUAGUCCUUGUGAACGCUGUGAAUUAGACACAGCAUGCCCAAGAGGAUUUGCCAGAGUUAAAGGUGUUUCCUGUGAAGAUGUAAAUGAGUGUGAAGUGUUUCCUGGUGUGUGCCCCAAUGGACGGUGUGUUAAUAGCAGAGGAUCUUUUCACUGUGAGUGUCCUGAUGGCCUGACUUUGGAUGGAACAGGCAGAUUGUGCUUAGAUAUCCGUAUGGAGCAGUGCUACUUAAAAUGGGAUGAAGAUGAAUGUGUUCAGCCUGUUCCUGGAAAAUUCCGGAUGGAUACUUGCUGCUGUGCUGUAGGUGCUGCUUGGGGUUCAGAUUGUGAGGAAUGUCCCAAACCUGCCACAAAAGAGUAUGAAAUAUUAUGUCCCAGAGGACCAGGAUUUUCAAAUCGAGGAGAUAUUUUGACUGGAAGACCAUUUUAUAAAGAUAUAAAUGAGUGCAAAGCAUUCCCUGGCAUGUGCACAAAUGGCAAAUGCAGAAACACAAUUGGAAGUUUCAAAUGUAGAUGUAACAAUGGAUUUGCAUUAGAUAUGGAGGAGAGAAAUUGUACAGACAUUGAUGAAUGCCAUAUCUCACCUGACCUCUGUGGAAGUGGUAUCUGUGUCAAUACACCUGGCAGCUUUGAAUGUGAAUGCUUUGAGGGCUAUGAGAGUGGAUUUAUGAUGAUGAAGAACUGCAUGGAUAUAGAUGAAUGUGAACGUAACCCUCUUCUCUGUAGAGGUGGCAAGUGUGUGAAUACUGAAGGAAGCUUUCAAUGUGAUUGCCCUCUUGGUCAUGAAUUGUCUCCAUCACGUGAAGACUGUGUGGAUGUUAAUGAAUGUUCUCUGAGUGAAAAUCUGUGCAGAAAUGGCAAAUGUGUGAACAUGAUUGGUACAUAUCAAUGUUCCUGUAAUCCUGGUUACCAGAGCACCACAGACAGACAAGGCUGCACUGACAUUGAUGAAUGUAUGAUUUUGAAUGGAGGCUGUGACACCCUCUGCACUAAUUCAGAAGGCAGCUAUGAAUGCAGUUGUAGUGAUGGUUAUGCCCUGAUGCCAGACAUGAGGACAUGUGCAGAUAUCGAUGAAUGUGAAAACAAUCCAGAUAUUUGCGACGGUGGACAAUGCACCAACAUUCCAGGAGAAUAUCGCUGUCUUUGCUAUGAUGGAUUCAUGGCUUCUAUGGACAUGAAAAUAUGCAUUGAUGUGAAUGAAUGUGACCUAAAUUCAAAUAUCUGUAUGUUUGGAGAGUGUGAGAACACUAAAGGGUCCUUCAUUUGUCAUUGCCAACUUGGCUAUUCUGUCAAGAAGGGAACCACAGGUUGCACAGAUGUGGAUGAAUGUGAGAUUGGUGCCCAUAACUGUGACCUGCAUGCCUCAUGUGUCAAUGUCCCAGGAAGCUUCAGGUGUAGUUGUAAAGAAGGAUGGAUUGGCAAUGGAAUUAAGUGUAUUGAUCUUGAUGAAUGUUCCAAUGGAACACAUCAGUGCAGCGUGAAUGCUCAGUGCUCAAAUGCUCCUGGAUCUUAUCGCUGUAUCUGUGCAGAAGGAUUUACUGGAGAUGGAUUCACUUGUUCUGAUAUUGAUGAAUGUGCAGAAAAUAUUAAUCUGUGUGAAAAUGGACAAUGUCUGAAUAUUCCCAGUGGAUACCGUUGUGAGUGUGAGAUGGGCUUCACCCCAGCUACAGACAGUCGAUCUUGCCAAGAUAUUGAUGAAUGUGCCUUCCAGAAUAUCUGUGUGUUUGGUACUUGCAAUAACUUACCAGGAAUGUUUCACUGUAUUUGUGAUGAUGGCUAUGAACUGGAUAGAACUGGAGGAAAUUGUACAGACAUUGAUGAGUGUGCUGAUCCUAUCAACUGUGUUAAUGGUUUUUGUGUGAAUACUCCUGGAAGAUAUGAAUGUAACUGCCCUCCAGAUUUUCAGCUGAAUCCAACUGGAGUUGGUUGUGUUGAUAACCGGGUUGGCAACUGUUAUCUGAAGUAUGGACCAAGAGGUGAUGGAAGUUUAUCCUGCAACACUGAAAUUGGCGUUGGAGUCAGUCGUUCAUCUUGCUGCUGUUCUCUAGGAAAGGCUUGGGGAAAUCCCUGUGAGAUUUGCCCACCUGUAAAUAGCAGUGAAUAUAAUACUCUCUGUCCAGGAGGUGAAGGAUUCAGACCAAAUCCCAUAACUAUUAUCUUAGAAGACAUUGAUGAAUGUCAAGAGUUGCCUGGUCUCUGUCAAGGUGGAAACUGUAUCAAUACCUUUGGCAGCUUUCAGUGUGAAUGUCCCCAUGGGUACUACCUCAGUGAAGAAACUCGUAUCUGUGAAGAUAUUGAUGAGUGUGUUGCACAUCCUGGUGUCUGUGGCCCUGGGACAUGCUACAACACCUUAGGGAACUACACUUGUAUUUGCCCUCCAGAAUACAUGCAGGUGAAUGGAGGACACAAUUGUAUGGAUAUGAGAAAGAGCUUUUGCUAUAGAAGCUAUAACGGAACAUCUUGUGAUAAUGAGCUGCCCUUUAAUGUAACUAAGAGGAUGUGUUGCUGCACCUAUAAUGUUGGUAAAGCUUGGAACAAGCCUUGUGAACCAUGUCCAACUCCAAACACAGUUGAUUUCAAGUCUCUUUGUGGGAAUAUUCCUGGUUUCACUUUCGACAUUCACACAGGAAAAGCUGUUGAUAUUGAUGAAUGUAAAGAAAUCCCAGGGAUUUGUGCAAAUGGUGUUUGCAUCAACCAGAUUGGCAGCUUCCGUUGUGAAUGUCCCACAGGAUUCAGCUACAAUGAUCUGCUCUUGGUUUGUGAAGAUAUUGAUGAAUGCAGCAAUGGUGACAAUCUCUGCCAACGAAAUGCAGAUUGUAUUAACAGCCCUGGUAGUUACCGCUGUGAAUGUGCUGCAGGUUUCAAACUUUCACCCAAUGGUGCCUGCAUUGAUCGCAAUGAAUGCCAGGAAAUUCCUAAUGUAUGUAGUCAUGGCACGUGUGUGGACAAAGAAGGAAGUUAUCACUGCAUCUGUGAUAAUGGUUUUAAGGCAUCCCAUGAUCAAACUAUGUGUAUGGAUGUUGAUGAAUGUGAGAGACAUCCAUGUGGAAACGGAACUUGUAAAAACACAGUUGGAUCAUAUAACUGUCUGUGUUAUCCAGGGUUUGAGCUAACUCACAAUAAUGACUGUAUGGAUAUUGAUGAGUGCAGUUCCUUCUUUGGUCAGGUGUGCCGAAAUGGGAGAUGUUUUAAUGAAAUUGGCUCUUUCAAAUGUUUAUGUUAUGAAGGUUAUGAACUUACUCCAGAUGGAAAGAAUUGCAUUGACAUAAAUGAGUGUGUAGCGCUUCCUGGCUCAUGUUUUCCUGGAACAUGUCAAAAUUUGGAAGGAUCAUUCAGAUGCAUCUGCCCACCAGGAUAUGAAGUGAAAAGUGAAAGCUGCGUUGAUAUUGAUGAAUGCAAUGAGGAUCCCAAUAUCUGUCUAUUUGGAUCUUGUUCCAAUACUCCAGGAGGAUUCCAGUGCAUCUGCCCCACAGGCUUUGUGAUAUCUGACAAUGGCAGGAGAUGUUUUGAUACUCGGCAGAGCUUCUGUUUCACUAACUUUGAGAAUGGAAUGUGUUCUAUACCAAAGGCUUUUAAUACCACCAAGGCAAAAUGCUGUUGCAGCAAGAUGCCUGGCGAAGGAUGGGGCUAUCCCUGUGAGCUAUGCCCUAAGGAAGAAGAAGUUGCUUUCCAGGAUUUGUGUCCAUUUGGUCAUGGAACUAUACCUGGGAUUGAUGAUACACGUGAAGAUGUCAAUGAAUGUCUUGAAAGCCCAGGCAUUUGUUCUAAUGGUCACUGUAUAAACACAGAUGGAUCAUUCCGCUGUGAAUGCCCCUUGGGAUACAAGCUAGACUACACUGGAGUGCAUUGUGUAGAUACCGAUGAAUGUUCAAUUGGUAAUCCAUGUGGAAAUGGCACAUGUUCCAAUGUGGUUGGUAGCUUUGAAUGUAAUUGCCUUGACGGAUUUGAACCUGGGCCAAUGAUGAAUUGUGAAGAUAUAAAUGAAUGUGCACAAAACCCUUUGCUCUGUGCUUUUCGUUGCAUAAAUACGUAUGGUUUCUAUGAAUGCACUUGUCCAGUGGGUUAUGAGUUAAGAGAAGACCAAAAAAUGUGCAAAGAUCUUGAUGAAUGUGCAGAGGGUCUUCAUGACUGUGAAUCAAGAGGCAUGAUGUGCAAAAAUCUGAUUGGAACCUUCAUGUGUAUUUGCCCCCCUGGAAUGACUCGUAGACCAGAUGGAGAAGGUUGCAUAGAUGAAAAUGAAUGCCGCACUAAGCCAGGUAUUUGUGAAAAUGGUCGCUGUAUCAAUAUUAUUGGGAGUUAUGGGUGCGAAUGUAAUGAAGGGUUCCAGUCAAGCCCAUCAGGAACUGAGUGCCUUGAUAACCGCCAAGGCUUCUGCUUUUCCGAAGUCUUACAGACUAUGUGUCAAAUGGCCUCUAGUAGCCGUAACCUUGUCACCAAGUCAGAGUGCUGCUGCGAUGGAGGAAGAGGCUGGGGCAAUCAGUGUGAGCUUUGCCCACUUCCUGGAACCACUCAGUACAAGAAACUUUGUCCCCACGGCCCAGGGUACACCACUGAUGGAAGAGAUAUUGAUGAGUGUAAAGUUUUGCCAAACCUAUGUACACAUGGUCAGUGCAUAAAUACCAUGAGUUCUUUCAGGUGCUUUUGUAAAGUUGGCUAUACGACUGACAUUAGUGGUACAUCAUGUGUGGAUCUUGAUGAGUGCUCACAGUCUCCCAAACCAUGCAACUUUAUCUGCAAAAACACUGAAGGAAGCUAUCAGUGUUCGUGCCCUCGUGGCUACAUCCUCCAAGAAGAUGGAAAGACCUGCAGAGAUCUUGAUGAAUGUCAGACUAAACAACAUAACUGCCAAUUCCUUUGUGCAAAUACCCUUGGGGGUUUUACAUGUAAAUGUCCAUCAGGUUUCACACAACAUCAUACAGCUUGCAUUGAUAAUAAUGAAUGUGGGUCACAGCCUUUGCUUUGCGGGUCAAAAGGAAUCUGCCAGAAUACUCCUGGAAGUUUCACUUGUGAAUGUCAAAGAGGUUUCUCUCUAGACUCAUCUGGAUUGAACUGUGAAGAUGUAGAUGAGUGUGAGGGAAACCACAGGUGUCAACAUGGUUGCCAAAACAUUCUUGGUGGCUACAGGUGUGGUUGCCCACAAGGAUAUGUUCAGCAUUACCAGUGGAAUCAAUGCGUGGAUGAAAAUGAAUGCUCAAAUCCUAAUAUUUGUGGCUCUGCUUCAUGCUACAACACACUUGGAAGCUACAAAUGUGCGUGCCCUUCUGGAUUUUCUUAUGACCAAUUCGCAAGUGCAUGCCAUGAUGUAAAUGAGUGUUCUUCCACUAAAAAUCCCUGCAAUUAUGGCUGUUCCAAUACAGAAGGCGGUUAUCUUUGUGGCUGCCCACCUGGAUAUUACAGAGUUGGACAAGGACAUUGUGUCUCAGGUUUGGGAUUUAAUAAAGGCCAGUAUCUGCCGCUAGAUGGCGACGAAGAGAACGCUUUGUCUCCUGAAGCAUGUUACGAAUGUAAAAUUAAUGGUUACUCCAAGAAAGAUAACAGGAGGAAAAGGAGCAUCAAUGAAACUGAGCCUGCUAAGAUCAGUUUGGAAAGUUUGGACAUUGAACAUCCAUUGAAGAUGAAGUUGAAUAUAUCUGGACUUGGCAAUAAAGAACACAUCCUAGAUCUCAUGCCUGCAAUACAGCUCCUCACAAACCAUGUCCGCUAUGUUGUAUCCUAUGGUAAUGACAACAGUAUCUUCCGGAUACAUCAGGUGGACGGGCUCAGUUAUCUUCAGGUUGUUAAAAAACAGGCUGUGCCUGGCACUUACACACUGGAAAUUGUUAGCAUUCCUCUCUACAAAAAGAAUGAACUAAAGAAACUAGAAGAAAGAAAUGAGGACAACUACCUCCUAGGAGAGCUUGGAGAAGCUCUUAAAAUGAGGCUCUGUGUUGAACUCCACUAAAACCUACUUUAUUUCCACUUUGUGAAUGACCCACUUCUAUUCAUGUACUUAUCCACCUGAACAUAUUUUGCUUGUCAAAAGUUUUACAGGAAUCAAUGACUUAUUUUUUGUAAAGACCAAAGACAGUAAUGGAUAGAGACCUCUGUAUAAUUUCCAUUCUGUCCAAGACUGCAGAAUGGCCGUUUGACUCUACCACGGCCAAAGCUUUGACUACAAUGCCAAACAUGGUUACUGUAUUUUCUAUAUAACCUCAAUUUAAAGUAUCCUUUUUAAAAAAUCAAAAAUGGACAUUCAGGAGGUCAGCAUAUGGCAUUAAAUGGCACAAAAAUGUGAGUUACCUUUUUUCUGUUAGCAGUCUAGCACGUUAGGUAUUUUGCUAUAGUUUCUAAAUUAAAAAAAUAGAGAUUUUAUUUAUUUUAAUGCAGUAAUAUAUGGAGAAAUUAACAAUAUGUUAACAAAAAAAGGGAAACAUGCUUGUUUUUCUUCGAGAUUUUAUAAAUUUGAAUUAUUACAAGAGAUUCUUUCUUAAAAAAAAAAGAGAAAAACUAGUCAAUUCCAAAAAUGUUUCCUCUCAUAAUUGUGCCAGUCGUCCAUAUAGCAUAAAAACCGUUUUUUAAGAUGCUGUCAUAGAGCCAAAUGAGCACUGUAGUACACUUCUAGGGAGACAAAAAUGUCUUUUUCCAAGCAGUAUUUUAAAGUAAGGAUGCCAUAAAUUACUAUGUUCAGAAUACCAGUAACUGUAAGACUCAGUACGGAUGCUCACCUUGCAGCCAUAGAGACUAGAUUCCAUAUCAAAGAGAAGAAAGAAUGGAAGAUGACGCACAACCACUGUAGCAAAAUACCUGGACUGCUUGUUGUACCAUUAACCUUGCAGGCCAAACCGUACUGUAUUUCCUUCAGAUAACCUCAAUGUAUCACAUAACACCUCAUUCAUUACAAACUAAAGGUGCUCUACAUACUUGCAUUACUGUAGGCAGCUGAAUACAAAUCUUCUCUUCUUAGAAGGGAACACCUGAUUUCUCAUUCUGUUUGGUGCUGGCUUGGAUUGAUGCUGAAAUGAAUAUGACUUAGCUAUUUCAGGACUGCUAGAUGUGCAUGCUAUUCAUGCUGCACAGAAAAAAAUGCAUAUUUGAAAACAAUUAAGAUGUUUCAUUAAUACUGUAGUUAUACACAAUAUGCCUCAUUUUAUCAUAGUUUAUUUUGUAAGAAUGACUUUUGUACAAUGAGUUGGCAUUUAGUUUAUUUUAGUAUUUUUAAACAUGUUGUGCCAUUAUGUGUUAAUAAGUGUAUGCCACCAUGGUACGUUUAUUGACAGCUGGUACCUGUAACAAAUUACAUAAAAGAACCUUACAUGUGAACCAAUCUAAAGCACAUCCCACAUCUGGUAUCAUUCCAUAUACCUUUACUGACCAAAGAGUAGCAAAAAGCUACAUUCAGUGUUUGGAUUCCUAUUUUGUAUUUUCUUUAUGAAAAGAAAAAGACUUUGUGAAUUACAAUUUUGUUUUUGAGGGGAAAAGGCAUUAUUUUGUUGGCCUUUGUACUAAUACAACACCACUUUUCCUGCAAUAAAACUUAU